AUGUCUGCUCAGUACAAAGCUCCGAGUGCUGGCGCCAAGGUUGAGCCCAGCGCCGACGUCCGUCCCACUCGAUCCGAAGCAACGGGUCCCGUCCCCGCCGGCUCCCUCGCAGCCGAGUCCGCCAACCAAGGCGGCGAAUUCGCCUCCAACCGCAACGUCGACACCACCGCCGCUUCUUCCCGAACCGGCACCGGCGGUGCUCCCGGGUCUAGCGCCGCAUCGAUCCCCGAUCAGGCCGCCGCAGCGCCGACAUAUGUGAACAACCAAUACGUCCGCGACCCCAACGGGCCCCACGGGAAGAACAUCACCGAGGGCUUCGACACGGCGAAUACCAAGGACGGAGUGCAGGCUGCUUUCAACGCCGAGGUCGGCAGCGAGAAUGACCCUGGCCGUGUGGCGGAGCAGGGGCUGCUGAAGAGCCAGACUAAGGCUGGAAGGGAUGCUGGGCCCCGACAGACUGAGGUUGGGGGAGAGACUGUGUACGAGAAGUUGAAGAGCGAUGUUCAGGCGUAG